AUGGAAAAGUAUACAAGCACGUUUAACUGCAAAACAAGUAAUACUCUUAAACAUGUUACUUGUCCAUUUUGUACCCUUACAAAAAAACCUUCGAAUUGGAGAAAUAUAAAACUCACGUUCAACGUGAGCACCCUGAAAAAGUUGGAUCGACUGAAUUCAACAGAGUAUACAACUGGCGAAAAAGGUAUUGUUUUUGACGCUGAGAAUGUCUAUUUAACAAAACAUAGAUCAAACCAGAAUAAUAGUACGGAACCUGUGAACCACAGGUUUACUGAAUAUACUCAACCUGCAUUAGAAGUAUCAAACCCAAACGUGGCUACCGGUAGCGACUCUGAUGAUGGCACAACUAUGGCCGAAGAUGCUGAAGUUCACGAUACCGAGGAUUUUUAUUCUGAUAAUGAAGUUUACAGUUCUUGUGAAGAGGAUUUUGACGACGAAGCUGAUAUCAACCAAGGGUUCCUUCUCAAUACAAUUCUUCCUAUUGCCCAAAGUUUUGAAAACAUUUCUGCUGGAGCUGGUGUCGCUAACGUGGAAGACGACAUGGAUCGACUUCAUUAUGCGUCUAGUGUAAUGGAUGAGAUGGACGAUAUCCCGGCUAUGUCAAAUCCUUUUGAUUAUCCCUUGCAAGGACUUAUCCACGGAUUUUUUUACGGCGAUGAGGACUUGAAGUCUGAAAGAAUGGUCAAGAAAAUUCACUAUCUUCUGGAAGUGACUUUGAAGUUACAGAAAGCUUCAAAAGUACCACUGGUUUUACCUGCUCCUGACAGAAUUUUCAACUUUCUCACGAUGGUAAAACCCAAAAUCCCUGGUUUCGCUCCUGUCGAACGCAAGGCUCGCAACAAGAAAGGGGAGGAGCAUUCGUUCUUUAUGAAUGAGCCCUCCGUGUACCUGGAACACCUAGUAGCUACUCCUGGUAUGACUAAAAAGAUGGCUACAUGUGAUGAUCUGACUUACUUCUUGAUAAGAACCAUAAUAAAAAUAACAUCAGAUACACUUACAUCAUACAUCUAA